AUGUGGGAUAUACCUUAUUUUCAUCAGACGAUCAUGGCUAGGGGUGCGUUGCAGUGGUUAUCUGUUCUCCUUCUGGGCGCGGCGUUCGCACAGCCUGUACCGGACCCCCAAUAUCCGUGCGACCCCUGCCCGCCGCCAUGCCCAGAGCCCAUUGACCCCUGCCCGCCACCACCGUGCCCAGAGCCCGUGGACCCCUGCCCACCCGACCCCUGCCCAGAACCCAUACCAGACCCUUGUGGUCAGGAUGUCGUGGAGAUAAGGCCUUGUAACCCUGGUGAACCGGACGUGAAUUAUAUCUAUGGACAAGCGCCUUAUGGAUCUGUCCUCGUUAAACCGGGACAAAUCCGUUUCCCACGCCCCGCUCCCAUCGUGGUCCGACCUGGCACAGUAACACCCCCCAGCCCACCAGUGAUCUACGUCAAACCUGGGCCCGUGCAACCCCCGACCCCCGCGCCGAUAUACGUCAAACCCCCACCUGUCCAACCCCCGACUCCUGCGCCGAUACAAGUGCAACCCUCGCUGGUGUAUCCUCCACAACCGAGGCCUAUAGUCGUGAGACCUGCUCCUGUUGUUCCCCCCAAGAUCCCACCAAUCAGGGUGCAACCCCAAAGAGUCUUCCCGCCACCACCAGCGGCAUUAGUCGUGCAACCCCCAAAACUAAUCAUCCCGCAACCCCCUGUCAUAUGCUUCAGACCCAACCCCACAAUCCCCAUCCGUACUUGUGGGUGUGCCCGCAUUUCGAUUUACACCCCACCACCACCACCACCGCCUUGCCCCUGCCCACCCCCUCCACCCCCACCUUGCCCCCCGCUACCACCUUGCAUGUGCCAGGGGUAA